AUGUAUGGAAAGACCAUCAUGAAUAUCACUGGCAAAUUAGUGUCUUCUUCAGUGAGACAUUAUCUUAGUACAGCAAAGCUAUACUACGAAUCGUACGAUGAGCCGAGAUUUCAACCGGGUACAAAAUUAUUCAAUGAAGUACUUGAAAUUGUUUCAUUUACCUAUCAAAAUCCAUAUGAAACUAUUCUCCACACGGUACGUGGAAGUAAUACAUUGUAUGUACUUCGUAAUGAAGCACAAAGUGGCCCCAUAGCUUGCUGUAGCUUCAUUCAGUAUGGACAAGAAUUAACUCUUAAUGAUAAUGAUCGAACAAUUCCGGUUGUCUACCAUAAUUUAGCAAUAUCAAAUGAAAAGGUAAAAAAUACAGGUUUAAUAAAGAAAUUAUUUGAAUACUUUUAUUGUGAACUGCAAAAACGAAAACAAAGACAACCACAACUGCCUAUACUACUCUACUAUGUAACACCAACACCAUCUAUAGUCUAUCUGGCAGAUCAAAUUAUUUUAAAUACUGUUCCAUCACUCAAUGAUUAUAAUGGUGCGAUGUUUACCGACCAAGAAUGGCAAAUAGCUAAUGAACUUAGAAAACUAAGAAAUUGGCCUAUAGCUGUUAAAUCUUCGAAUGAAAAUCCAUUUGUUUUGAAAGGUAUAAUGCGAUCGCGUUAUACGGCAAAUGAACGAUUGAGAAUUGAGAAGACUGUGAAGAAGACCAAUUUUAAAGUUUUUGAAGAUUUAAGUAUUGAUGAAAGCAAUGGUGAUCGACUGUUGAGAUUUGUUUUCAUUUAA